CGUGACCCUAAGCACGCUUUUUGGAUUCAUGCGAGAACACCGGAACUGUGGUUAUGAAGCACUGCCACAGGGGGAUAAAGUGUAGCUGUAAUACUAACAUUCUGAAUACGGAAAGGACUUUGGGCGUUUCACUCGUCUCUGAAUGCAGAAGACGGUAGCGGUCCUGGGAGGGGGCGUGGGGGGUCUGACUGCCUGCUACCACCUCAGCAAAAGCCCCCAGGUUUCCCAGGUGGUGCUCCUGGAGGGCAGCGGGCGGGUCGGCGGCUGGCUCAGCUCCACGCGGCGGGCGGACGGGGCAGUGUUCGAGCGCGGGCCCCGGGGCGUGCGCCACGUCGGACCCACCGGCCGGAACACCCUGAACAUGGUUGCUGAGCUGGGGCUGGAGGGCGAGCUGCUUCCCGUUUCGCACCGAAGCGUGGCGGCGAAGAACCGCUUCCUGUACGUGGGGGGGCGGCUGCACAGAAUGCCCACCGGCCUGGGCGGGGUGAUACGCACAAUCCCCCCCUUCUCCCGCCCGCUCCUCCUGAGCGCCCUGAAGGACCUGGUGACCCCGAGGGGCGCGGCGGAGGACGAGACGGUGCACGCGUUCGUGACGCGGCGCCUCGGCGCGGAGCUGGCGGAUUUGGCGGUGGACUGCCUGUGCCGAGGCGUGUUCGCGGGGGACUGCCGCGUGCUGAGCGUGCGCUCCUGCUUCCCCCCGCUCUUCAGCCUGGAGAGAGAGAGAGGCUCCAUCUUCCUGGGCAUGCUGCUCGGAGCACGCAGCGGUGCGGAGGCCCCGCCCUCUGCGCUGGUCCGGCGGUCUCAGGAGGAGCGCUGGGCGCAGUGGUCCCUGCGCAGGGGCAUGCAGACGCUGCCCGAGGCGCUGGAGGACCGGCUGAGGAGCAGCGGGCGUGUCCACGUCCACAAACACGCCGCCGUCACGCGGCUGGAGACCCAGGGCAGCGGCUGGGAGAUCAAGCUGCAGGACGGCUCGGUGAAAGCAGAUCACGUCAUUUCAGCCCUCCCUGCUCAAGCACUGGCCUCAGUGCUGCCCCCUGCUGCCCAGCCCCUCUCAGAGCAGCUACGCGAGAUCUCCAUGGUGACUGUUGCUGUGGUCAACCUGGAGUACGAGGGUUCAGUCCUUCCUGUCCCGGGUUUCGGUCACCUAAUCCCCUCGUCUGAAGACAGAGGUGUGCUGGGUGUGGUGUACGACUCUGUGGCCUUCCCCGAGCACAACCGCCCUGGAGACCCUUCGACCAGACUCACGGUGAUGAUGGGAGGGGCGUGGUUCCAGGAGGCGUACGGAAACGUAGGGGACGUGACGGAGAAGUUCUUCCUGGGCCAAGCGACCCGGGCGGUGCGCUCUCAUCUGGGGGUGAGCGCACAGCCAAUCUGGAGCUCCGUGGCCAUCCUCAAGGACUGCAUUCCUCAGUAUCAUGUAGGACACUGGAAGAGACUUGAAAACAUCAGGCACUACAUCGGCCACCACAACCUGCCGCUCACCCUGGCCGGGGCCUCCUACGGCGGCGUCUCGGUCAACGAUGUCAUCUUCAGUGGACGGAAGGCCGCGGAGAGCCUCGUCGGGGAGGUGUAGUGGGCCUGCCGUGUCAGCCCAGGAUGAGUCGUCUACCCGAGUUCCCCGUGUUCCUCCUCUGAUGCGCGAGCAGAAGCGUCCGGUCUCACCCGGGAAGUACCACGGAGGACGCUGGCUGUGCUCUCCUAUCGUUAACAUCGACCUUGACAGCUCAACAGCUCAUCGAAGACCUUUAUUUAACUGCGGUGGGUAUUUUAGUGCCGGGUUGCAAUAAUACUAGUAGCAAUCAUAGCAAUCGUUUAUCACAUUUAUAUCGCGCUUUUCUUCAUCUGAAAGUUCAGUGACAGAGUGAACUCGCCCAGCUGCCAGCUGCACUGGACCAGCCCAGCCCAGCCCAACCCAGCCCAUUAGAGUCUUACUCUGCACAGGCCGCUUGUGAAAACCCAAACCAUCGUCUCAUCACUGCCCGUCCCGAGCAAAAGCUAUGUUCACAGCCAUUGUUUUAAAGGUUUUAUUUGUGCUUUGGCUUCAUACCCCCCCCCCCCCCCCAAAUGAUGUUAAUGGGGGUGCACGGUAAACGUAAAUUCUAAUAGUUGCCACAAGAGCUGCUUAUAUUAAUGAUGUGUGGUAAGACCCUUAACGUCAAGACUUUUUUUCUCAAAUCGUUGGGCUGCUUCUGAUUAUGAACGCGUUUUUGUUUUGCGAUGCUGCCGGCGAGUGCUUGUUACUGAUGGACCCCCCCCCCCCACCCCUACU